AAAUAUACCUGGUUCCCCUGUCUGUUGGUAACUUCUGUGAAGUUUACAUGCAGCAGCUGGAGCAGAGCUUUGAUGUGCAGGUCACCAACACUCAGCAAAGCAGUCCAGAGCCAGUCCACAAGAUUACCAUCCGCAGCCAGGACUACAUGGCAACGCAGGACAAUACAGGACAAAGCAGCACCAGUUCGAGCACCAGGACACAGACUGUGGACCUCUUCAGUACGUUUGAUGAGUUGCGGUGUAAGGAGCUGAAGCGGUUCAAGGCAUACCUGUCUGAGAAGAUCAUGGAGGGCUUUGAGCCCGUUCCCAGAGGACAACUGGAACAGUGUGACGAGACAGACCUGGCCUCUAAGAUGAAGGAGAGGUAUGGGGAAGAAGGGGCUGUCAGAAUGACUCUGACCAUCUUGAGGAAAAUGGAGCUCAACGACCUUGCCAACAGACUAGAGGAGUCUAUCACCUUGACAGGCCAAUGAGCUUCAGGACACCAUGGAUGUAGCAGAUUUCCUCAAGAGGAACAGAAGAGAUCUCAUCCAGAGGGUGACAAAUGUGAUGCAACUGGCAGCUGGGGCAGCUGUGGCCUAGUGGUUAGAGAGUUGGUCUUUCAAUCUAGGGGUUGCAGGUUCAAAUCCCCCCCUGACCUCUACCUAGACCUCCAUCCAUGGCUGAAGUGCCCUUGAGCAAGGCACCUAACCCCACAUUGCUCCAGGGACUGUAACCAAUACCCUGAAAAAUAAUAGUUGUAAGUCGCUUUGAACAAAUGAAAGCGUCAGCUAAGUGAAAUGUAAAUGUAAAGUAAACUGGCAGAUGAGAUGCUGUCAGAAGACUUGAUCAAUGAAGAGCAGUACAGAGAGAUUGACGCAAAGCUCACUGACCAGGCCAAGAUGAGAUGCAUCUUUGAUGCCCUGCGUUCCUGUGGACCUCCAGAGAAGAGGUUGUUCUUCAACAUCCUCCAGGAUCUGCACCCUUCACUCCUGCAAGAGUUGGGAUGGCAUUGAGGGGGUUGAGAAGACAUUCGCCUCACUGAUCUGAUGUGAGACUUCAGAUGGUAUAAAGAGGGCUGUGAAAAGAAGUUCAAUUUACAUUACAUUACACUUACCUGACACUUUUUCAUCCAAAGCAACCUGCCGUCGUUUUAAGUACAAGGUAUUAAUUGUAUUGGUAUUGGUUACAGUCCCUAGAGC